UUAUAUCAUUGGAGGAAAUGCUAAAUUUCAGUUAGAGGUUAGUGGAAACAAAUACGUUGGGUUUUUUUUUAUCUCAAGUUCAUGAAUCCUCUGACAUUUAUCCCAGUCCUCUGCUAAUCGAGUAUAAAAAUGCAAAGUAUGGUCCACCUGGUAUCUGACACUAUUUCCCACUUCUCUCCCCCACCCUCCCAAAGCUUCUCUCUUGGUCCUGAUUCUGAUGACUAGUAUAGACAUAGCACUCAUGCCUUUUUAAAAGAAAAAUUUAAGCAAUUUACUCUGCACUGGACUUUAAACAACAGAAGCAAGUAAGUAUACCACUACAAUUGUUUAAAUGAAUUUCAAGGUAAUCAUAGCUAUGGCACCAUGUUAGUUACUCCUUGUUUAUGUUCUUCUGUUCUCUGAAUGUUCCUUUGCCUCUCUUUUUUUCAGGAGCCCAGGCAGGGGCAAUGUUUCCAGGCCAAGUGUGGAAGAAACUGGUGAAGAUACUGACCUUCUUGUGCUGUGCCUCCACCCUCCUAGGGUUCACCCUGUUGGGUCUACAGACAGAUAUCAGACCUGUUGCUUAUUUCUUCCUCUCCUUAGGUGGACUUCUUCUCCUUAUCUGCCUCCUUUUUUGCUUCAAGGAAUGGGGGCUCCAGGCAAUGUCAACGGAUACCUCUGGGGCCUCGAGCUCAGCAAGGGACAACGCAGCCUUCGAAGUACCAAGCUAUGAAGAAGCCGUGGUAUCAACUCAGGGCCCCAACUCAGAUUUGGGUGAGCCCCCACCAUACAGCAGUGUGAUCCCUUCAUCGCUUCAGGAAGAGGAACCUAACCAUUUGGCAGUACUCCCAGGAGCUCUCAGGCGGGGAAGGUCAGAAGGUACAAUGACCCAGACAGAAGGCUCUUUGGGCAACCCAAUCGGUCUUCGGCUUCAGGGACACCUAAUAGAGUCCGAAACACCCCCACAGCAAAGCCUGCCACGUUUGGAGCCUCUUACCCCACCCCCAGAAUAUGAGAUCAGUCUUAGUAACCAUAAUACCAAUGAUGACAAUGUUCUGGGUGAUGACAGUGUAUUCUAUGAGGAGGGCUGGACGCCUCCCUAAACCUGUGUUCCCUGGACAUAUGAAAUUUCCCCAUCAGUGAUUUUCUUUACCUGGAUAACCUGAGCAGGGACUGGUACCUGGCAAGAAGAAGAGGCCAUCAGGGUACAUUCCUCUUUCCAGAGAUAUGAUAUGACUGGCACCUCUAUUUUGUCUCCAUGCUUUGUGCCCACAGUGACAGGGUCCAAAUGCCCUCUCCCUGUCCUCAGCCCUUAACCAACAUUCCCCUACCAAAACUGGAUGAUGCAAGUGGAAUGGCAAAACCAUAAGGAAGGGGAAGUGGGACUGCUAUGUACCCUCCCUACCAUCCUCUAAUUUCACAAGGAGAAGGAGGAACUGGAUUUAAAACCUAACUCUUAUCACUGAUUGUGGCCUUGGACAAGUCACCUAAUAAUCAAAAAUCGGAUUUGGAAGAGCCUAUAGAGGUAAGCUAGUCCAACCUUAUCUGAGUAGGAAUCCUUUCUCCAACAUUCUUGUCAAGAAGUCAUCCAGCUUCUCCUUGAGGACCUCCAUUGAAGGGGAACCUACCACUUCCUGAAGCAGCCCGCUCCACUUUGGAACAGUUCUUAUUGUUUACAAAAUUCUUCCUCCCACAGAGCCAAAAACUGCCUCUCUCAAACUUCCGCCUAUUGUGCCUUGCUUUCCUUUGUAGCCAGUCAGAGUUAGCCUAAUUGCUCUUCCUUAUAACUCAUCACAGACUAGGUAGCUAUCAUGUUUUCCCUCCCUGAGUCUUCCCCCCUCCCAGGAUAAACACUGCUUAUUUCCCAAUUGGCAUUUGUUUAGCAUAUUCUCCAAUUUUCUCACCAUGCUGUUUACUCUGUAGAUGCACAAGGUUGUCAAAAGUCUGUGGUAAAACCUUGUCCCCAGAACUGAACAUAAGGUAGUACCCCGGAUGUUAACUGACCAGGGCAGAGUACAGGGAAUUAUCACUUCCCUUGUUCUGACCUCUCUACUUCAUUCAAUCUAAGAUUUCAUUAACUUUUUUGGCUUCUAUGUCACACUGUUGACUCAUACAGCUUGUUGACCUCUAGGACCUCUAUAUUUUUUUUAAUGCAAAAUCCCAUUUUCUUCCUUCUUUAUUUGAUUUUUUGAACUCAUGAGUAGAACUCUACAUUUAAUCUUAUUAAAUGUCAUCUUAUUAAAUUCAGCUCUAGCCUCAACCUCAAAAAGCCUUAGAUUCCUCAUUCUUAAAAAUCAAAAUAACAAUUGUGUUAACAAAUUCAGAAUGUUGUCAAGAUCAAAUGAGAAGAAAGCCUGUAAAAUGCUUUGUAAAUUGUAAAUUUCAACAGUUCAUGAUUUAAUUAUUAUGCUGUCCUCCCAUUCAAUCAAUCAAUCAUAUAUUUACUAAAUGACUACUAUGUACCACUAUAUCAGGCACUGGUGAUACAAGUAUAAGGUUCAAGACAA